AUGACUUGGGUCAAUCUAUUAACGAGUGUUUUAUUGGUAACACUCGCGUCGGUUCAAUGUUUACCAUUGUCUGGCUAUGGAAGUUCAGUGGAUCAAAGUGAUUCGGGAUUUCGUUCCUCACAAAUUAUUCUGGAUUCAUUACCCACAAGUCGAACGUAUGGCGGCAACAGUCAACAACAAAAUCAACUAAUUCGCCCGAACUUUGCUAGUCGUGUCGUUUGGGAUCAAUCUCAAUCCUUGCCAUCAAACUAUGACACUAGUGUUGGUCAACAAUCACUUGUCAAACUGUCAACGAUGGAUCAAGGCAGCGACAAACAGCAAUUAAUAUCGUCAUUCGCCAAACCACGAAUUAUGAUGGAUCAAAGCUACGACGGAUCAAUUCGAGAACCACAAUUGAUCAGAACACAAUCAGUCGAUCAAGGUUAUGGCAGUAUGCAACGACAGCAAUGGCCCGAUGUUUCCAUGCAACCACAAUCCACACAGAAUAGCUACAGUCAAGUUCAACAACAGCCAUUGAUAAAAAAAUCAUUUGAUUUCAAUUCACAAUACGGUAAUCAAGUUGGAGAUGAUCAAUCAGUUGUUCAAGAUCAAAUUCAAAUACUUCCACAAUCUACACAGAAUAGCUACAGUCAAGUUCAACAACAGCCAUUGAUAAAACAAUCAUUUGAUCUCGGUUCAUCUUCGUACAAUAAACAGCCACUCAUACAACAAUCAUUUGAUCAGAAGUUAGGAUCGUCAACCGGCCAGCGAAAAGUUGUUGUCGGUGGUGACAUUCAACAAAACGAUCAACGAAUAAUCGCUAACAGCGGCUACGGACAAAUUGACCAGCAACCAAAAGUCAUUGUGCAAUCGAUGGAUCAGGAUUAUGGCAGUCAACAGGUACUCCUGAAACCUCAAUUGGACAAAACUUUCAGUGACUUCGGACAACAGCAGAUGCAAGUAUUUCGUGACAACAAGCCGAAACGCAAACACAAACAUCACAAACAGCUAUUUGACUGGCAAAUGACAUCACAAGAUAUGGUACCACAACAAACUCAACAAUAUGGUAGCAAUCAAGUCCAACAAAAUGAUCAAUCAUAUGGUCAACAACAAGAUCAAGUUGUCGUACAGCAACCAAUCCAAUCAACAGUCACCUAUAGUCAAUUUCAACAACCACAAUCAAUUGAUCGAAGUUUUGAUAAACGCCAGCCAUUGGCACAAUUUCGCCCAACAUCGUUUGAUCAAGGAUCUCAGUACGGCAGUCAAGUACAACCAUCGAUGGAUUCCUUCACACAACAGUUUGAUAACGUUCAAUAA